AUGACGAUCCACCAAAAUGGCGGUUCGUCAACGUACGUCAUGGAGCCCUCGCAUUCAUCCAUCGAGCUCAACGAUCUCUCACACUUCGUCUCCAAGCCCGAGGAUGCGAAGCUCCCCACCGCCAAACCCCCAAGCAUCAACGCAAAGGCAGGCAAGACACUUCAGGAACAAGAUCCAGUCGAGAGGCUGCCGUCACCGACAACGCAAGCGGAUGCGAAGCUGGAGCAGUGGAAUGCUCCGCGGGGCAACCUGUGGAAGACGUUGGCGGCAUUUUGGAGCUUUGUUGUUAUGGGGGCCAAUGAUGCUGCUUAUGGUGCCUUGAUCCCUUAUCUUCAACAAUAUUAUGACCUUACGUUUGUGGUCAUCUCGCUGGUGUUUCUGUCGCCUCUUAUCGGCUACACUGCGUCGGCGCUGCUCAAUAACGCCAUACAUCUCAAAUUCGGUCAACGGGGUGUAGCGUUCCUCUCUCCAGGAUGCCAUAUCAUCGCCUAUGUCAUUAUUGCCGUGCAUCCUCCGUACCCUGUUCUAGUGGUUGUCUUCAUGAUAGCAGGAUUCGGGAACGGACUCGCAGAUGCUGCUUGGAAUGCUUGGAUUGGAAACAUGGCGAAUGCUAACGAGGUCCUGGGGUUCCUGCACGGCUUCUACGGCCUUGGUGCAGUGCUUUCACCGCUCAUUGCCACCACCAUGAUCACAAAGGGUCAGCGACUGCCGUGGUGGACAUUCUACUAUGUCAUGAUCGGGCUAGCUGCCAUCGAACUCGGCACUUCGAUCGCAGCCUUCUGGACCGCGACCGGCGCCGUAUUCCGCGAAAACAACGAGCGCACAUCUGACAGCCAGGACAGCCGCAUGAAAGAAGCUCUCAUCCGCAUGCCCCAUGCACGCAUCACCUGGAUCUGCGCCAUUUUCCUUCUCGGCUACGUUGGCAUCGAAGUCGCCCUCGGUGGCUGGAUCGUCAAAUUCAUGCUGGAAGUGCGCAACGGAGGAGAUUUUGCAAGCGGCAUGGUAGCAACAGGCUACUGGAUGGGUAUCACGGUGGGGAGGGUCAUCCUGGGCUUUGUAACGCCGAGGAUAGGCGAGAAGUUAGCUAUUGCGAUCUACCUCCCGCUCACCAUGGCCCUCGAGCUCAUCUUCUGGCUCGUCCCGCAGUUCUACGUCUCCGCCGUGGCCGUCUCUUUGCAAGGCUUCCUGAUGGGUCCGCUGUUCCCCGCUGUUGUGGUUGUCGCUACGAAACUUCUUCCUAGGCACCUUCACGUCAGCGCAAUCGGGUUUGCCGCUGCGUUUGGCGGCUCGGGCGCGGCGAUAUUCCCCUUCGCGGUGGGCGCUAUUGCACAGGCGAAGGGGGUCAAGGUGUUGCAGCCGAUUGUUCUAGCGCUGCUGGGGGUUAUUUUGGCUCUUUGGCUGUGCUUGCCGAGGAUUAGGAGGAAGACGGAGUAG